UUUUUACUCUUGUUGAACUCUUUAAUUUAAGCAUGGCCUCCUUCAAAUUGGGUCCCUAUCUUCUUAUUGUAUCUGUCUUUGCCUUCCACCUGCUUCCUAGUCCAGUGGUCUGCGAUGCAGCCGAGAAGAAGAAGAAUCUACUUCAUGACAUAAACGUUUAUAGAAAAAUUCUGAACCUUCCAGAUCUUGAGAAAAGUAGCAAGGCUUCUUGCGUAGCAAGCAAGAUCGCAGAUGAUUUAGAGGACAAGCACUGCGAAGAUUUUCGUGACUACUACCCUGCGCCAGGGACCAACCCCAAAAUCCCAACCUUCCAAGACAGCGUAAGGAAAUGCAUGAUCAACAUCAACACCACAAAAGAUGGGGUCGUCAUGCCUGUUUGUGUGCCCAAUUUGGAACCCGAUGCUUUGUUUUCCAAUUAUACCAAACCUAAUCGCUACACUAAGUAUCUCAACAAUUCCAAGUAUACGAUAGCUGGGAUUGCUUCCGAGGAUGAUUGGAUGGUUCUUAUUAUAAGCACUAACACUUCUUCUGGUGAUUUUUCAUCAGCAAAUUCUCUUCUUGUUGAGGGUUGGAAGACCCACAGCUUCGUGUUCGCCUUGUUCUCCACCGCACUUAUUUUUCUCAUCAGCUGAAUUUGA